GCUCCAUUUUUAUUUCUGUUCUGCUUGUUCAAUAAACUCAAGCUCCACAAAAACAGUGAUUAAAAAAAAAAAAUGGCAACAACCCUAGCAAGAAUAGCCCGAAAAUCCCUAACAACCACCACCGCUUUCUCACUUAACCGUCACUUCGGGACGGAGGCAGUGGCGGCCGCGACAGCGUCGACAAAAUCGAUAACGCCAUCAGCAGAUCGGGUGAAAUGGGACUAUCGAGGGCAGAGACAAAUAAUUCCGUUAGGUCAAUGGCUGCCAAAAGUAGCUGUGGAUGCAUACGUGGCACCAAAUGUGGUACUCGCGGGUCAAGUUACUGUGUAUGAUGGAGCAUCCGUUUGGAAUGGAGCCGUCCUACGUGGCGAUCUUAAUAAGAUCACCGUCGGUUUUUGCUCUAAUGUUCAAGAACGGUGUGUCGUUCAUGCUGCCUGGAACUCUCCUACAGGACUGCCAGCAGAGACAUCCAUUGAAAGGUACGUUACUAUUGGUGCUUACAGUCUUUUGCGGUCCUGCACCAUUGAGCCAGAAUGCAUCAUUGGGCAGCAUUCUAUCCUCAUGGAAGGAUCUUUGGUGGAGACGCACUCUAUCCUUGAAGCUGGGUCUGUGGUUCCACCAGGAAGAAGAAUUCCAACUGGUGAACUUUGGGCUGGAAAUCCAGCAAGGUUUGUCAGGACUCUGACCCACGAAGAAACUUUAGAAAUUCCUAAACUCGCUGUUGCAAUCAAUGAUCUCAGCAAAACCCAUUUCUUCGAGUUUCUUCCCUACUCCACAGUAUAUUUAGAGGUUGAGAAGUUGAAGAAGAAGUUGGAGAUUAAAGUUUGAUUCUUUUUGGCCGUUGUGUUUCUAUGUAUCAGUCAACUGUAGCAUUUCUUGCAUUCAAAUAAACAGCUCGAGAACAUAUUGAAGCAAGCUUCUCUGUUCUUUCUGUUUGUAUUUGAUUUUCUCUGAUUGCUGAAAGAGCCGGUUGUGAAUUUCAACCAAAUGGGUUUAUACAAAUCACGAAAGACACUUUGUCAAGUAAUCCUAUUUACCAUAAACUUUUGUUCAA